UACGUCACUCUUGUCGCGAUCGUUGGCGGAUCAGCAUCACACACCAGUGACAUUGAUCCGGAAAUUGGAAAUGUGAAUUGAAGAGUGUGUGAGAAAAAAAGUGUUCGAAAAAAACUCCUUCUAGUGUCAUUACAGUAACAGUGAUUUAAAUGUGUGCAGUAAAGUGCGUGCGCGCGUGUGUUGCAAGGUGAUGCCGUUUGCGCAAAAGACGUUCCGCAAAAGCAAAUGGAAUAUAGCAAAGUGUGUCGUGGUGGUGUUGUUUGGAGAAAAGAAAAAUGCAACGCGAUGCGGCAGUGGCCGAUGACAAGCGCACUGAUUCAUCGGCGGACGGUGACGGGGAGGAAGCGUGUGAGCAAACGUACCUGCCGAACGAUCCGCACCAGUGGAAUGCCGAGCACGUGAGCACGUGGAUUUCGUGGGUUUCGAAAAAUUUCGACAUUUUCCCACCGCUCGAACCGGCCCGCUUUCCCCAGGCGGGCAGUGAGCUAGCCCCCUUUACCAAGGCAGACUUUUGGGUGUGUGCGGGCAGUGCGGCGGGGGGUAAUACGCUUGCGAAACAUUUUGCACACCUCGUACGGCACGCCGGUCGCAACAAAGGAAGCGGAAGUGGUGGUCAGCAGGAGCUAGAAAGCGACAUUGAUCCAGAACCAUACCAGCUGCUGAAUGCUGCAUCACAUCGACUUGUUUCGCAAGGCGGUCAAAUACAGCUGUGGCAGUUUCUACUGGAGCUGCUGGCCGACUCGUCGAACGCACCCUGCAUCUCCUGGGAAGGCACCAACGGAGAAUUCAAACUGUCCGACCCGGACGAGGUGGCCCGCCGGUGGGGCGAGCGCAAGGCAAAGCCGAACAUGAACUACGACAAGCUGAGCCGUGCAUUAAGAUAUUAUUAUGAUAAGAACAUCAUGACGAAAGUGCAGGGCAAGCGGUACACGUACAAGUUUGAUUUCCACGGCCUGAUGGCCGCGUGCCAGGCGCAGGCCCAGCUCACUGAUAGCGCGAACAGCAGCGCGAACAUACUUUCCGGUUGCAGUUCCUACGGCUCCAGUCCCGCAUCCACAACUUCCUCGAUGAAAUCGCCUAACGCCGGCAGCAGCCCGCCACAGUCGCACUACGCCAGCACGACCACCACGACAGUGCCCAGCAGCAUACCGACGGCAGCAAAAGGUACGACGUUCGGCAGCAGCAGCAGCAGCAGUACCGGCUGGUUGCCGUACGCGAGUGCACCGUACGCGAAUCUGCUGCUUCCUGUCGCUCCCACUACUACCUCAACCAGCGAUGCCGGAAGCCGGAGUGGCGCGCCGGCGGCAUCGACAUCCAGCUCGCCCGAAACCACGCUCAGCUUCGCGGAUGCGGUGUCGUCGAAUCUGCGCUAAAACCACGGUUCGUUCCGUAGUCCUCAGAGAUGCUAAAACAAUACCGCUGAUAUUAGAUCCGAUAUUUAGCGUUUAGAAUUACAAGUGGUGUAGGUGUAAGCGCAUCUUUCUACCCUAUACACGUUUUAUUUUGUGUAGAAAAUAUAUAUAUAUACAUA